ACCGAUGUACGACACUGCCGAGUCGUCCGUACGGUAAAAACGGUUCGCAACUGAAAUCGAAACAAAUAUGCGUACCGUGACGCGCAACCACAGUCCGUGUCGCGUUUUGUUGAUGUGAUAACGUGUUUGUUACUGUUAACGGGUGUAAGGAAAACGGCCUCAAAAAACGUUAGUUAUUAAUAAUCGCGGAUUAUUAAAGUAUACGAUAAGAGGAUAGAGAAGUCCGACCGACCUGAAUCGUUUUGUUGAUGCUACCGGAGCCGGACCGAGAGUAUUUGACUAGUACUGGAACUGUUGAUGAACUUAGCUUGCUGCUGUCGGUCUACAAUAAUGGGAAAACUAUUGAGCCUUUUAGCUCGAGACGAGAAUAGUUGCUGUUCUGCUCAACAAAAAUACGACAUUUUUUUAGAUUUUGAAAAUGCUCAACCUACUGAAAGUGAAAUGCAACUAUUUGACGAGGUUCAGAUCGUGCUUACCGAGGCCUCUGACGUGCUUUCCGAUCUUAAACAUUAUUCGGGCGCUGACCAAUACAUACGAGCAGCAAUUAAUAACCCAAGUGCCGAACAAAAUGCAUUGACUUGGGAAGCGUUGAUGCCCCGAAUCCGCACUUUGAGACGGUUCUAUUUUUUCUCUCAAAAAAUAGCUUUCGUUGUACCUCAAAUCCUGACUGAAAUAUGUUCAGAUGAUAUAACCCCAUCUUUACAUUUAGAAAAUCAACAAGCUUUAGUCAAACAGUUUUCUGAGAUCAUUGAGUUUGUGUUAAAGUUCGAUGAAUACAAGAUGCGAACUCCAGCAAUUCAAAAUGACUUUAGCUAUUAUAGACGAGUGUUGAUGCGUGAAGGCGCAUCAGUGCAUUCGUUUGCGGACCAAGAUGAAGAUUCUAACAGCAACCUGAAUGUGGCCAACAAAGUGUCGUUGUUCUAUGCAGAAGCAACGCCAAUGUUGAGAACGCUGUCAAAUGUCACUUCACAAUUUUUGAACAGAGAUAAACGACUCGUUGAUUAUGCCAUCGAUAUGUUGAGUACCAUGGUAAAGGUGUGCAUACGCAUGCUGGAAACACCAACGGUUCAGUUCAGAAAACAAGAAACUCACCUUUUCAUGCUUCGUGUAUUAGUUGGCCUCAUCAUACUGUACGAUCAUGUGCACCCUAACGGCGCGUUCGUCAAAACUUCCAACAUAGACAUUAAAGGUUGUGUACGGUUGCUCAAAGAUCAACCGGAAGAGUUUCAGACUGAAAAUCUGUUGAACGCGCUGAGGUAUACGACAGCCCAUCUAAACGACCCGUCUACAUCUAAAACUGUCAAAUCUCUACUCAUGGAGGCGUAAUUAUUUUAUUUCUACAACUGCUCAACCCAAGAUCUGAUUUUUAUAAAAUCAUAUAUUUGUAUUAAGUAU